CCGCCCCCGCCCGCGAUGGACUUCUCGGAGCAGGACGUCGACGUCUUCGAGGAGUACGACGCCGGCGACGGCGCCGAAGCCGAAGCCGAGGGAGGCGGCGGCGCCUCCUCGGGCUCCUCCUCCCCGUCCUCAUCCUCCUCCUCCUCCGCCGCCGCGUCCUCCUCCUCCUCCAGCGGCGCCUCCAGCGGCCGCAGCAGCAGCGGCGCCGCCGGCGGCGGCGACGAGGAGGGCGCCGACGACGCGGAGUUCGACUCGCUGCCCACCAGGCACGCGGCGGCCGUGUACCGGGACGAGUACGAGGAGGAAGAGGAGGCCAGAGAUUUGUUCGGCUCCGACAACGAGGACUACGUCAAGACCCCCGCCCGGAGCAACUACCUAGUUCCAGUGCUGCCCCAAAUACGGAACACCAAUUUUUCUCGGGGCGGACGAGGUGGCAGGGGCCCACCUCUUCUUCCAAGACCAGGAGGCCAUCCAGGAGGACGGAAUAAUUUUGGCCACGGUGGGAGGUUUUCAUAUGGAAAUGGGCGUAACGUUGAAGGUUUUGUUUCAGAAAUGAAACUUAAUAAGAGUGAAGAAACUCUAUCCAGGAAAGCUGUUGCUUUUCAGGAGCCAUGUGAGUUCGCAUGCUACAGCCGUGUUGAUGGUGGGGAUGUAUAUUUUGAUGAUCGCAGCUUGAGGCUUUUCAAACGUAAUAUCUGCGACUAUGUCGGUGAAGAUCUCAAUAAAGGUUUUGAAACAUUUACAGAGAAAAGAGAUUUGGGUUCUCAAGGAUUUGGCGAUCUUCUUGCAUGCAUAAGAAAUUCAAACCUACCUCUUCAGAACAUACAUUUUGUGACGUACCGCAACAACCUUAACAAGAUAUUGGCCACAGCUUAUCUAAAAGACCCAUGGAAGAUGGGUGUGCACAAAAGAAAUGGUGUUGUGUACCUUGAUGUCCAUAAGCUCCCUGAAAGACCACAAAGCGAGAUUGAGCGCAGGAGAUGUUUUUGGGGAUAUUCUUUUGAAAAUCUUGCUACUGAGAACUCUAUUGAUGAGGAGGGAAAAGGUAUUGAUGCAAAUGUAGAGUAUUGUUCUGUAAUAAAGACGAAAUUGGGCGCGCAUCGCAUUAUCAUGGGUGCUGAGAUGGACUGCUGCGAUGCAACUGACGAUGGUAGGCGGUUCUAUGUGGAGUUGAAAACAAGCAGAGAGUUGGAGUACCAUACGGUGGAGAAAUAUGAGAAAGAGAAGUUACUUAGGUUCUGGAUUCAAUCAUUCCUUGCUGGUGUAUCAUAUGUUGUCGUUGGAUUCAGGAAUGAUGCUGGUGUACUUGUACGAACUGAGAGAUUAAGAACUAAAGAUAUCACACAGAAAGUGAAAGCAAAGAACUACUGGCAGGGUGGAGUCUGCCUGGCCUUUGCUGACGAGGUUUUAUGCUGGCUGUAUGGCACUGUCAAAGAAAAUGAAGACUAUAUUCUGCAAUUUGCACACCCGUUCCAACGUUUGGAACUAUUACGCGCCCAGUCUCCGUGCCCCGAGACAAUAACUCGGCAUGUGGAGGAGCUCUCUGGCGCAGCACACUAGAUCAGUUCGUGAACAAAGCUCUGGCACUGAUGUUCCGAGAGAGGUCCGGUUUCACGGACCUUAUGUUAGCAGCGUCCGGUCAUAUAUGGCUGAGCUAUACUGGAUGAGAGAGGCUGACCAGAAACUGACAUCACCAUGAUAUAUAGUGGGUCAAUGGGCGCACCUACAGUCAGGGUUUGCUCUUCGAGUUGCCGAAGAGAUUUUGAAGCCAUCAAGCAUUGUAUUUCUCCUGUAACAGUACUAAGUUAUAAAUUAGCAAAUGCAUUGACACGCUGCCAUUGCAAUGGUUCAUCCCACAAGGCACCAACGAUGUAACUUUUGUACCAAAGAUAUUUAAUUUUAGAGAUAGACAUUGCAUGAGCACCCUUUGGAGUUCUGUAAACUAGCGGCAAGAGUUACCUUCAGGUUAUAGAUUUGAAGAGGCAUGUUUGGAACCUGGUCA